ACAACUAACAUCGAGGGCCACAUUGAGACAAUUUUUCAAGUGCAGGGGAUCAAAUCGAUACGAUCGAUAUUAGUAGGGGGCAAAAUGAUACCAAACCAAAGUACAGGGGAAAAAUGGAAUUUGGCCUUAUAUUUAUAUUGCUUAAGUAGAUAGAUAUUUUAGUCCAAUACCACGUGGUUUGACUAUAAUUUCCCAGUAAUUACCUUCAGUUCAUUAUUUAUAUAAAAAAGAAAAUACGUACACAUUUCUCAUUUUUCCUUCUUCUUCCCUCUUCUUACAAAACCAAUCCACUCCACCAAUCACGCAGACUCCAUUUUCACACACUAACACACUUUUCUCUGUGUGUGUAUGUAAUAAUAUCUUCUUCUCUACACAGUCCACCGCCUCCGACCUUCUCAUUUGCCACUGUAUAUCUCGAUGUCUUCAACUUCUUUCACAAGUCUUCUCGCCUCCGACCACCACCUCUCCGCCGCCGCCACCACCACCACCACCUCCGCCGCCGCCGCCGUGAGCAGAGGUCUCGGCGAUCGGAUAGCAGAGAGAACCGGCUCCGGCAUACCUAAAUUCAAGUCUCUGCCGCCGCCGUCGCUAUCACGGCCGCCGCCGUCCGCCGUCUCUCCUUCCUCGUGGUUCGCUAUUCCUCCCGGCCUCAGCCCUGCCGAACUUCUGGAUUCCCCUAUUCUUCUCUCUUCCUCCAACAUUCUGCCAUCUCCGACUACAGGGAGUUUUCCAGUUCAUAAUUCUUUCAAUUGGAAUAGCAAAUCGCAGCAGCAAACUGAUAAUUUCAAGUAUGAAGAACACAACAACAGCUUUUCAGAUUUCUCUUUCCAAACCCAAACAAACCCUAUCUCAUCUCACGACAACAUGGGAAACCAGAAAUGGGGUAAUUACAAUGAAUCCACUAAGCUAGAAUCGGCCGUCGAUUCGAAACCCGAAUCGAAUUCAGUUCCAAGUUUUUCCACUGGGAUUGCUUCGAUCCAAACGAAUGACGACAAAAACAACGUAAUCUCGAAUCGAAAAUCGGAAGACGGAUAUAACUGGAGAAAAUAUGGGCAGAAACAGGUCAAGGGGAGCGAAAAUCCGAGAAGCUACUAUAAAUGCACUUACCCUAAUUGCCCCACGAAGAAGAAAGUCGAAAGGUCUAAUUUAGACGGAGCAAUCACCGAAAUCGUUUACAAGGGCUCCCACAAUCACCCCAAACCUCAAUCCACUCGAAAAUCAUCGUCUUCCACGUCAGCAAAUCAGUCCUACAAUAACAAUAAUAAUAACAAUUCACACUUCAUCAAUGAAAUAAUCCAAGAACACUCGUACGGUUCGAAUAGUAUGGGAAAAAUCGAUUCUUUGGAGAACUCGAAUUCGAUAUCGGUUGACGAUGAUGAUUUGGAGCAGAGCUCUGCUAAGAAAAGCGGCCAUGGUGAAAUUGAGAUUGAUGACGAAGAGCCUCUUCAAAAGAGAUGGAAAGGCGAAAUCGAAACCGAAGGUGUUGUUUCAGCUGUAGGAAACAGGGCAAUUAGAGAACCGAGAGUUGUAGUACAAACAACGAGCGACAUCGAUAUACUUGUCGAUGGUUAUAAAUGGAGAAAGUACGGUCAGAAAGUUGUCAAGGGUAAUCCCAAUCCUAGGAGUUAUUACAAGUGCACUAGUCCUUCAUGCCCGGUUAGAAAACACGUGGAGCGAGCAGCCCACGACCCACGAGCUGUAAUAACAACGUACGAGGGAAAACACAACCACGAUGUUCCCAUUGCUCGUGGUAGUGGGACCCACAGGCCGAUACCGAAUAAUAUUAUUCCCAACAAUAAUAAUAAUAACAACUCGAAUUAUUCGAUGCUUAUGAGCAAUUUAAGGCCAUCUCAGUUAGUGCCAUAUUCACUUGAGAUGUUACAGAGUGCAAACGGAAGCAUUGGAUAUAAUAAUUCGGAUUUUGGAAAUUCGACCGUGUCUGAAAAUGGAACGUACGCGAGAGCAAAGGAUGAGCCGAGAGACGACUUGUACUUGGAUUCGUUGCUAUACUGAAUUGCAUCGAUCAUGUUAUAUGUUAUAAAAUCGACCGCAGAAAAAGUCGAAAACUUGGUUUGUUGGUUAUUUCGAGUAGGGAUUCGAUUUGUUUAUUUUAUUUUUUGAUGUAUGUUUUGCUUAUUAGAUAUGUUUUUGUACAUGUAAAGAAAUACAGUAUAGGAGUUUCUUGAAGUGUAUAUUUGUUUGUGUUGCUUUUGAAUAAAUGUACAAAUAAAAAAAAAAUGUAAAGAAUAUAAUAAAUAGUUAAAUGGCGUGUUUUAUGACGUCAUGGAU